ACCGAAUCAUCUAUGGAUAUCGGGUGAAUCUCCAUCAAUGUGACAUGAAAUGGUAUAUAUACAUCAUUUAUAUUUGAUAGGUAAAGUUGUGAACAUAUGAAAAUACAUGGGAUAAAUUCGUUUAACUUACCGUGUACAGUGUAACUUAAGUACCGCGUAUUUCAAAGGAGAUACCUGAAACGUGGGUAUUCGGCUGCAUAUGAAAUCAGCUCGCAUACUGAAGACAAUAAACUAAGAAAAUCGUGAUGCUUGAAUGGAUUUGGGACGAAGAUCUUUGGUUCCCCGAAAAUUCGACUGGACCAAGGUAUGGCUGGAAGGACCUAGAGAACAAACCAGGCUCCGACAUUUAUCAUCCACAGGUUCACGAUUUGCACUGGUCGUUCAUCCUAGGUGUUGCUCUUGUUGGUAUACGAUUUCUAAUUAAAAAGGUUUUGGUUGAACCUAUAGGUUAUAAUCUUGGUGUACCAAGACGAAACCCAUCUCUGCUUGUAAAUAAUACCGUGUUAGAAAAUGCUUUCAACUUCAAUAAAGAAAUUGGACCAGAUCUGAUAAAGAAGCUCUCUAAGCAAACAGACAUGACAAUACGCAGGGUAGAAAUAUGGUUUCGUAUGAGACGUAAGAUGGAACUGCCAUCACCAAUGAAAAAGUUCGAGGACUGCAGCUGGCAUUUUAUAUUUUACAGCACAGCUUUCAUUUAUGGACUUUGUGUAUUAUGGGAUCAUGUUUCUACUGAUAUCUUCUGGUAUUAUAUCAUUGAGAUGGCAUUUUACUGGUGUCUUAUACUUUCACUUGUGAAAGAUCACAGAAGAAAGGAUUUUACCGAACUGGUUAUACAUCACGUUGCAACGAUAAUAUUGCUUUAUUUUUCUUGGUUUAUGAACUUUGUGAGAAUUGGAACAUUGGUAUUAAUCGCCCACGAUGCGGCUGAUCCAUGGUUAGCUUUGGCUAAGAUGAACAAAUACACGAAACACAAACAGAUAACCGAAGUUUGUUUCAUCGUCUUCAUUUUGGUUUGGAUUAUCUCCCGUCUUAUGUAUUAUCCUUUUGUCGUCUUAUAUAGCAGUACAGUAGAACCAUAUAACCGCUUGCUGGAGAAGACUUUCUUUGCUCACUGGUUUUUCAACUUCUUCCUGUAUCUGUUAAUGGUGUUACAUCUAAUGUGGUCAUACAGUAUAGCAAGAAUUGUGGUGAGGAAGCUUAGACAGGGACAGUUGGAAGAUGUACGAAGUGAUUCUGAUUCCGAUGAAGAUGCAGAGUCGGACAAUGACUGUGAUGUCAAUGGUAAUGGUGUUAAUGGAUCUACCGUUCAAAGAAGAAACAAUGGUCUUUUGAAACUAAAGAAUUCAUCCAUUCAGAGUCAAUAAACCAUCGAAGUGAUAUUAUCCGUUGGUUUAUGCAUAUAGAUGUUGACAUUUUAAAUACAUUUAAUGUAUAUAACUUUAGAGACUCGUGUCAUAUGUGUCCUACAAUAGUUUUGCUAUAUUUCCGAAAUAAAGCAGCAUUUGAUGAAA